AUGCUCGCAUUCAUGUCUGAUCUGAAGGAAAGCGGGCAGCUGGACGAGCAAGGACGGCUCACACAAGAGGGCAAUGCGCACUGUCCGUUUGCCCUCCUCUUCUUUGCUCUCCCACAUUCACUCACUCAUCCGCGGCCCAUCCCCUAUCCCCUCUCUGCCCCUCAGAUGCUCGCAUUCAUGUCCGAUCUGAAGGAAAGCGGCCUGCUGGACGAGCAAGGAGGGAACGCACAGGAGGAGAUGGAGAGCGAGGGAGAAAAGGAGGGUGCGAAGGGGACUGCGGGAGAAACGGAGGGUGAGAAGGUGGGUGUGCAGGAAGAGGCUGCUGGGAACGGGGAGGAGGGUGUGGAGGGAAAGGAGGGGAAAGGUAUGCAAGAAGAGGAGGCGAUUGACGGCGGUGGGAGUUCUGAAGAGACUGGGGGGGCAGCACUGGCGGAGAGCAUAGAGGAAAGGCAGAGUGAUAUUCCGGAAAAUCUUGAGAAGCAGCUGGGGAAGGAGAAGGGGGAAGAGGGGUACCAGGGAGAGGGAGAGGAGAGGGCAGGGGAGAGGCCUCAGUUUGAUGAAAUCACACUGGGAGAGGAGGAACAAGGACAAGAGCAGGAGGAGCAAGGAGUAGGAGCAGCGGUUGCUCCUAGUGUGUGGCAGGCUGUGUUGGAACCAGAGAGUGGGGAGUAUUACUACUGGAACACAGUCACAGGCGAAACCUCCUGGUCGGUUCCUGAAGAGCUUGUGCAAACUGAGGCUGCUGCGGGUGUAGGGAUGGGGGGGACGUUAGAGGGUGGAGAGGGUGUUGGGGAGAGGGGGGGAACGGGGGAGGGAGAUGAGGAGGUGGGGCGGUGUGAGGGCGAGAGGAGGGAGAAAGGGGAGGAGGAAGGGGAGGAGAGAGGGGAGGAGAGAGAGGAUGAGGGUGGGAAGGAGGGUGAUGAAGAGGGCGAAGGGGAGAGGAGGGAUUCUGCGAGGGAGAGAGGGAAGGAGGGCAGUGGAGGGAGUGAGGGGGAUGCGGAUGUUAAGAUGGGUGAUCAGGGGGAAGGAGAUGAGACUGAGAGGAGGGAGAGGGAAGGGGAAAGGGUAGGGGAGAGGGUAGUGCAAGAGGCGAAGGUGGUGCGAAAGGAAGGGGGGAUGCAAGGGUGUGUGAACGAAGAGCGUGGAGAAGAGCAUGUGGGGAUGGAUGAGGAGGAGGCUGGUGAAGGUAAGGGACGAGUAGCGGAGCGCCAUCUGGCAGGUGGUGCUGCUGACGUGGCAGGCGCCGGUGCUAUGUCAGCAGUGCUGCAGUCCUUGCAGGAGCAGGUCGACUCAGCAGAGGCUGAGCUGGCAGCAACAGCUGCUGACGUGGCGGAUAAGACUGAGGCCUCCGUCCGUCUAGCUGAUUUGACUUCCCUCUCCGACCGAUUUGCUGCUACGGCUGUAGCGCAGUCUCCCUUAACUGGGUCGCCACAACCUGGUGUGCUACAGCCGUGGCAACAGCUGCAACAGCGGCUGCUACAGCUGCGGCUGCAGCAGGGCUUGCAAGGGGGCCUGCUGGUGCUUGUGGGGCAUUGCCUUGAGCAGGUGGUUCGAGUGGAGGGAGAGAGUGAAGAGGUGCGGGGGAGAGUGGAGAGAGUUAGGGAGCAGUGGGAGGAGGAGAGGCAACGGCGGGAAGAGGAAGAAAAUCAACGGCGGGAGGAAGAGGAGGAAAGGCAACGGCAAGGGGAAAAGGAGGGGAAGGAAAGAUUGGAAGAGGGGGAGAGGCGGCUGAGAGAACAGGAGAGGCGGGGACAGGAGGAGGAGAAGCAACGGCAGGAAAAGGAGGAACGGAAUGAUGAGGUGAGGCGGGAAGCAGCAGAGAGGGCGAGGGAAUCGGGGAAGCAGGAGGGGCCCGGAGGGGUGGAGAGGGGUUCUGGUGCGAUGUGGAAGGGUAUGGAGCAGUACUCAGCGUCAGAGAGUGGUGAGAUCUCACCACAGAGAGAGGAGGAGGGAGAGGAGGAAGUGGAGGGAGGAGCAGGUAAGCAGGUGGUGAAGCAGAGCGGUGCUGAUGGGUUGGGUGGUGUUGACGAAGAUAUGGAUGUAGAGAUGGAAUUGGAAAUGGGGGUAGAGGGAGCAGGAGGAGGAGUGGGGGCAGCAGAAGGGACAGGCUAUGGAGCAGGAGGAGGAGUGAAGGCAGCAGAGGGGGCAGUCGAUGGAGGGCUCUCCUUGCUUGCUACUACCCUCCUAUCGUCCCUGUCCUGCACCCUCCCACUUUCCUUUGCAAACCUGCACGUAGCAUCAAAGCCCAAGAGGGAGGCAGCAGUGGGAAGCGAGCAUCCACCCACCCAUUCACUUCCACAUUCCGAGUUCCCACACACCUCCUCCCAUCUCCUUGUGGAUACGCCUCCCUUUCAUGCCCUUCCACCCUCCUUCCAUCUCCCCUGA